GGGAAGCCCAGAGCGCGGGCGGCUGGCGAACCCAGGCGGCGGGUGGAGCCAGAGCCGCCCGCAGCGGCCAAUCGUGCCGCGGCGAGGGAGGAGCCCCAAAGGGGGAAAAAAGAAAGUGCGGCGGAAAGUAAGAGGCUCAUUGGGGGACGGCUGUCCGGGUCCGGGUCCCUGGGGCUUUGGCCGGAGGACGCACGGAAAGCAGCGGCGCUGGGCGACUCUGCAUCCCUCCCUGGUGCUCGCGCUGCGCCCGCUGUUUCUGCCAAGGGAGAUGGACAAGAUGGGACUUCUGUGGUAUGUAACGAGCCUCUACUUCUAUGGGAUCUUGCAAAGUGAUGCCUCGGAACGCUGCGAUGACUGGGGACUAGACACCAUGAGGCAGAUCCAAGUGUUUGAAGAUGAGCCAGCUCGCAUCAAGUGCCCACUCUUUGAACACUUCUUGAAAUAUAACUACAGCACAGCCCAUUCAGCUGGCCUUACUCUGAUCUGGUAUUGGACUAGGCAGGACCGGGACCUGGAGGAACCAAUUAACUUCCGCCUCCCGGAGAACCGCAUUAGUAAGGAGAAAGAUGUGCUCUGGUUCCGGCCCACCCUUCUCAAUGACACGGGCAACUACACCUGCAUGUUAAGGAAUACCACAUAUUGCAGCAAAGUUGCAUUUCCUCUGGAAGUUGUUCAAAAAGAUAGCUGCUUCAAAUCUCCAAUGAAAGUCCCAGUGCAUAAACUAUAUAUAGAAUAUAGUAUUCAGAAGAUCACUUGUCCAAAUAUAGAUGGAUAUUUUCCUUCCAGUGUCAAACCAGACAUCACUUGGUAUAUGGGCUGUAGAAAAGUACAGGACUUUCAUAAUGUAAUACCUGAAGGCAUGAACUUGAGUUUCCUCUUAGCCUUGUAUUCAAAUAAUGGAAAUUACACAUGCGUUGUUACAUAUCCAGAAAAUGGGCGUGCAUUCAAUCUAACCAGGACUCUGGCUGUAAAGGUUGUAGGCUCUCCAAACUCUGUAUUGCCCCCGCAAAUCCAAUUACCCAAUAAUCUUGUGGUCUACAAGAAAGAACCAGGAGAGGAGCUGCUCAUUCCCUGUAAAGUCUUUUUUACUUACCUGAAGGACUCUCGCAACGAAGUUUGGUGGACCAUCGAUGGGAAGAAGACAGAUGACACCACUAUUGAUGUAACCAUUGAUGAAAGUGUGAGUCUGGAUGCACUGGAACAUGAAACAAGAACUGUGACUCUGAGCAUCAAGAAAGUUAGGGCUGAAGAUCUCAAACGCAACUAUGUCUGUCAUGCUAGAAAUGGCAAAGGGGAGGUUGAGCAGCCAGCCACGGUUAAACAGAAAGUGAUCGCUCCAAGAUACACAGUGGAACUGGCCUGUGGGUUUGGAGUCACAGUCCUGCUCAUGGUGAUUCUCAUUGUUGUUUACCAUGUUUACUGGCUGGAGAUGGUGCUGUUUUACCGAGCUCAUUUUGGAACAGAUGAAACCAUUUUAGAUGGGAAGGAAUAUGAUAUUUAUGUAUCAUAUGCAAGGAAUGCUGAAGAAGAAGAAUUUGUAUUGCUGACCCUACGGGGAGUUUUGGAGAACGAAUUUGGAUAUAAGCUGUGCAUCUUUGACAGAGACAGUCUUCCUGGGGGAACAAAUCAUCACCACUCAAAUUCUCCUUUCCCUUGGGUCAGUUUCUUCCUUCCCAUCAGCUUACAUGUUUCAGAUAGUUUAAAAUUUUACAAAAGUCUGAUGUAUUCUAGUAGGUUAAAAAAAAAAAGAAACUUCAAUUGCUGAAUGUUUUAACAUAAAAGUACAUCUCUAAUUUUCAGGUCCACCCAGUAGCAUACAAGGUGAUGGUUCAUUUGAGUCUGUUUUAUAAAUACAUAAUGGCAUCCAUAAACCCACUAUUAAUAUUUGUACUGUUAGAAUGUAUGCCAUGUCUCUAACAUUCAGUACAACAAACUAAUUUUCUCCUCCUAAAAAAUACUGUUUACAUUAACCACUUCACAUGUUUGUUUUUGUUUAAUGUCAUAUGGAUAAUUGUGAAUAGCCUCAAUUUAAGUCUCAUACAGAACAGACUUGUUUAUUCUCAUGUUGAAAUAGCUGGAUCACUUAUCUCCUAAAUCAUCCCAAAAGUCCAUCUUGCUUGUGUUCUGCAGUAGACAUCUCUCUUAGUAUAAUUUUGCCAGAAAAUGAGGGCUUGAUUAUAUGGUUACAGGAUAAAUUCCACUCAUUUUAAGACUUAAAAUUCUAAAUCAUUUACUCUCCCAUUUGCUCAUUUAUGCAGUGCAGCUGUUCAACAAAUAUUUAUCUAUUGUGUAAAAAAUUAUACAAAGAUUCACAGUAAAACAACAACGUAAGACCCUCCAAUAGGGGUUGAUAGUUCUUUGAAGAAUUCAAGUUCUACAUAAUUACUCUUGCAUCCUGCUUUGAUGGUUGAUCCUGGUGACCAUUCAUGUUUUCCCUGCUCUUCUUUUUGAGACAUCUUUGCCUGUGGGCCUCUUACCAUGCCUACGCAUGGUCUGCCUCCAGCAACACUACUUGGAAAAGACAGUUGCUUAUUCCUGGAUUCUCCUCCAGGUUGCUCAUGCUAUUUUAAUAGAAAGUCUCCCCUCACUGCCUCUUUUUCUAUGAAGAUUAAGGAAUAAAAUGAUGGCUUAGGAAAAUAUGGUAAGUCACGAAAUAGUUUUCCACAACACUAGUGCCUUCCCUGGAGUUGACUCCUAUCUAAACCCCAGGUAAAGAGUUACAAUGUCUUUGGUAAGCAAGCUCAAGUUGGAUUAUUCUCAAGAAUUUAGUGACAAGAACUUCUCAAAGCCCCUGACAACAAAAUAAAAUUAAAGGUGCAUUUCCAUUUUCUUGCUCUCCCUUCUUCUCUGACCCAAAGAAAGCAUUUGCCUGGUGUGAAGGCAGACAGAUCAGCCAGCAGCUGCUGAAACACAUGGCUUCCUCAUAAUGAUAGAAAUUGAUGCAGAAAGAUCCAGGGAUUAAUUUAGCUCCUGAGGAGAAAGUAGAAUAGAAAGCUGAGCUGGGGCUGGGGCGGGGGGGUGGGGUGGGGUGAUGCCAGCCAAAAUGCCAUUACAUUGGCUAGAUGUUUUUUAAAGUUCUUAUUGGAAUGACAUUCUAGUUGGGGUGUGUUUGAUAAUAGAGAGGGACCUUUAAAAAAAAAAGAAAAUUCUUGCUCUUGCUGUUCUAUAUCUGUGAAAAUGAAUUUCAAUGAUUUUUUACUCUCUAGUGUAUAUAUUACUGAAUGCUCAUGGGCUCUGGAGAGUUGAUGCAUGGAUAUCUGUGGGGAGAAGGCUCAGUAGCUGCUUUGGAUAGGACACAACAUGCCACAUGGUUUGAAAAAAAUUUUUCAAUAUCACCAUUAUAUUCCUUGAUGUCCCAACUAAUACUUUUAAAAACCAACGUCAUGGAAGCACAUUGUCUUCAGUUCUGUGUGGAAUUCUUUUGGGGUUGGAAUGUGUGCGUAUAGUUUUUAUUCUUCCUGAGGAGAGUGGCAUUUAGUGAGCAGUGUGAAAGCAUCUAAGUAUGAGGUUGUUCAAAGUGUUCUUGGUCAGCAGUUUCACCUCCAUUCUCAGGCUGAUGCCCUAAGCUUCCAACCUUUGUUCCUCCAUCCCCAUGCUUUUUGGGGAGUUCUUGGCCAACACUAAUCCCCAUGGUGUUUUCUU